GUUUUAAAACCGUUAUCGGCAUGUACGGGGAAACUGUGGAGAUUCCUUGCAACAUCGGCGACACUAAAGUCGAAGACAUCGCGAUAACUCAAUGGAAAUAUGACAAAGAGCCGACUGUGCGUGGAGAACUGCUGAGCAAGAAUAAAGGCGACGAGGUUGUGAUCACCGCUACAGAUAAAUUCAAGGGCCGUGUCAGCUUAGGGGCCAACUUGAGCCUCUUGCUCUCUGAUGCCAAACUGACCGACCAGCACACCUUCAUCUGCAUGGUGGUUGUUAAAACAAUUUACGAACACUCAGUGAAGCUGGUCAUCCAGAAGUCGCCUGAAGCUCCUUUAAUAACCGAGAAAGCAGAAGCGCUGGAGAUUGGCAAACGCACAAAGCUGGGAACAUGUGUUGCCAAGAACGCUAGUCCAGCUGCAAACAUCAUAUGGCUGAAGAACAACAAACCCCUGUUGUCUGAUGGAAACCGGAUUUUGAUCAACGACACUGUGGUCAAACAGCCUGAGACUGAACUGUUGAACGCGUUAUCCACGCUGCAUUAUUCCGCGGAGAAGGAAGACACAGGCGCCCAGUUCAGCUGCAAGGCCGAGCACCCAAAGGCCAAUAACCUUGUGUCCCCCCCUGAGACCUUCACCAUCACCUACUCCACAGAGAACAUCGUCCUUCAGGUCCUCCCCACGGAGUCACCCGCAGAGGGAAACGACAUAACUCUGAAGUGCGUGGCAGAUGGAAACCCUCCUCCUUCCAGCUUUAAUUUUGACCUUAAGGGAGAUGUGGUGAAGGUGGAAAACGCAAACACUUACACCAUCAUAAACGCCUCGCGCAACAACAGCGGAGAAUACAAAUGCUCUCUAAUUGAUGACCCCUCGAUGGAAGCAACCAAGAACAUCACAGUCAGCUUCCUAGACGUCAAAUUAAACCUAAAUAACACGGUCAUCAGACGCGCAGGCGAUUCUUUGAAUCUAACUCUCGACAUUGAUUCGUCUGCAAAACCAACGGUCUCCUGGACAAAGGGAGGUGUUAAAAUGAACAAAGAGCCCAAGAACACCAAGCUUGCCUACUCAGACGCCGGUUUGUAUGAAUUGGUCGUGACGAUGGGCACCCUCCGCAGAGAGGCGUCUUUUCAUCUGAUUGUCCAAGGUGCUCCGGUUAUCAGAAACCUGCUUAAACUGCAUGACAAAGACGGCCAGCGUAAAGUCUUAAUUUGUGAGGCCGAAGGUUCCCCAAAGCCAGCUGUUUCCUGGAACAUCAAUGGCACUUUGAUUGAUGAGAAAUCCUUCGACAAUGGCACAAUAACGCAUAAGAUCGCAGUGGUGCCCUCUGCCAACCUGAGUGUAACUUGUACAGUGUCCAAUAAUUUUGGCAUUGACACCAGAGUUAUAAAUGUGUCUUCUCUAUUUGAGGAUGUGAGAGUGGAUAAACGAGAUCCAUCAGAAGACGAUGACCAAACCAAACUGGUUGUUGGAGUUGUUGUCGGUCUCCUCGUCGCGGCUGUGGUUAUAGGUGUGGCUUACUGGAUGUACAUGAAGAAAUCCAAGCAAGGAAGCUGGAAAACGGGGGAGAAGGAGAACGGCUCUUCUGAGGAGGAGAAAAAGUUGGAGGAAAAGGUGGAGGAGAACAGCCAGAAAGCUGACGUCUAGACAAAACCGUUCCUGAAAGGGUGAAGUGAAAGUGAGGACGCAGAACCUUUGCACAUUUCUCUUCACCUCUGUACUUGGACACAUUAAACAACGUACAUUGGGAUGACGACAGCUUGGAUUUGGUUUCAGGGACACUUUUACAAAAAGCAUAUCCAGACAUUCCUCACCCUCCACCAAAAAAAACAAAAAAAAGAAACAAAAAAAAAAGAAUGGAUACUGUAUGUGACGCAUAAGUUGUCUGCACUACUGAUACAUGUGUACACUCGUCUACCAUUAGGAUUCAUGUUUCUUAGAAUGAGAUUUUGGAAAGUGAGAACACGCAGACCUUUCUUCGGUUUCUUAGUUUGAUGCGAUGUUUGAGUUACUCGUAGACCCCGUCGCCUUUGCUGUAAGGGUACAAAGGUCUGCGCUAGUCUGUGUUCGUGUCUCUGGCUCUUGAGGAAGUUGCAGGAACCGAGGGAUGAUUCCAUUGCUUCUUUAGUUUCAUGCCAUCUCAGGCCAACCACCUCUGCCUUCAGUGUCAGAACGUAGUAGUAGUAAAUCUGUUUGUUUGUUUGUGCAUUUAUUUCACUUUGUAAAUUUAUUGGAUGAAAAAGCUGAUGAUCAGAUUUCUGGAAGGGCUAAGGGUGCAGUGCCUUGAGAAAGUAUCCAUACCCCUUUGAACUUUCCCACAUUUUGUCAAGUUGUCAUGACUGUGGAGUAGAAUGAAAACACAUGGUUUGUGUUUUUUUUUUCCUAACAAAAAAACAAUUCAGAGAAUCGAAUCAUCAUCAUGGCUCUUAAGCCAUCUUAGAUCAAGACUUUGCCGUUUCUUCUCUGUAAAAUAAUGGCUGAAUGAGCAGCAAUAUUCACGUCUUUCCACAAUCGUCUGUGUGAUUUAGGGGUGGACGUUGACAAGGCCGCUCUAACAGACAGACGCGCUUUUAUCUAAACCAUCUCAUUGCAGCUCUCGCCGUCUAUUCAGGGUGGUCUUUCUACCUAAAGGUGCCCUACAUUUAGCAUCGUCUACCUCCCAUCCAACUUUGACCAGUGUCGGUGUCCUUUCUUGGAGAAAAGCAUGAUACUGCCACCACCAUGUUUCACCAGAUGGAUAGUGUUUUCAGGAUGACGCUCGUGGCUCUUUUAGAUCCACAAGCAGCGUUUUUCCUGCAUGCGACAGAGUUUAAGAUUAUCGUCACAGGAGAACCUAUGACUGCCGUGUUCCCCGCAUGGCUUGUGGCAAACGUUACAGAGGACUUCCUUUGGCUUUGUUUCAACAACGGCUUUCUUCUUAAUACUCUUUCAUUAAGGCCACAUCUGUGGAGUGCAUGGCUAAUAGAUUCUACCGCGUGGGCUGUGGAGCAGAUUUCUAACCGGGGUACUCCUGGAGGCAAGUACUUGCUCUUGAUUUCAUCUAGGGGUAUCGGAUUAGACUCGGACUUUACGUUGUUGAUCCCGUUGGGAUGACUCCUUUCAGAGAAAUUGAAUGAUGAGAUUAAAAGGGGUGUGAGGAAAAAAUGGACGCCGCGCUUCUCCUGGUUCUUAUUUGCAAGCAACUUUUAACACCUUUUUUUCUUCUUCUUCUUCUUCUUUUUAUGAUAUCAUGGUGGUAACCCGAAUAACGCUGAAAAGGUUCGAGGCUUUCGGAUACUUUCACAAGGCACCGUAUGUUCUUACUGUCGGCAUUGAGUAAAAAUGGCCAAAUUUAUUUUCAUGUUAAGCAGGAACUAGGUAAUCUGUCACAAAGCUUUGCAUUGUUAAUAAACAUGUACUUGUUUUUUAUUUGUGUGUUACCCAGGAGAUUUGAUCAUUGUUGCCUUUUUACUUUUCUUACUGCUUAUGAACUGUGCAUCCAGCGUAACCACAGCACAACACGAGAAGGUAGAUUAACUCGGAGAAUGUACAGCACCACUCAGCUCCUGGCUUUAGUUCGGCUACACACGUUUGGACUUAACGUCUCUGGUCACGCAUCUCUCUUGAAAAUGUCUUUCCGCUUGCAGUUAUUGAGAAGACAUGUUAGUUUGUGAAAACCUUGAGCCACAUAUUAUCCGUUCGUGCUCGAUCAGUGUUGAGGAAUGAUUGUAGCCAUGGCAUCACUUUGUGAAUGAGAGUCGACAGAAUGCGUGUCUCAAAGUAGCCUUUAUGAUACGUUUGCCUUCUUUUCGAAAUCUACCUGUAACUACUUAAGUUUGUGAUGUGCACUAGGGUUCAUGUUUCAUGUUUCAAAUUUGUGUAGAAUAAAAUGAGAUACGCGCAGCUGUACAUGUCACGACCUUUGGUCCAUUUAAGAGCAUUAGUAAAACUGGAAGAAAAAAAAAAGUGUUUUAACAUCGGGAUGUAAUUGUGAAGUGUGUGAAUUUAAUUUUCUUGAUGCUAUUUAUAUUGUACGCAAUUAAAGACCCUGGUAGGCAUAUUAAAUUACCGUCACAUAUCUUUGAUUUAAACUGUCGCUCAAUUGCUUGCAGACUUUACAAAAAAAAAAAAGAGAGAUUAACUCAUCCGUAGUUUGCUCAGAGUCUGGUUGAAUUAUAUAUCGAGCAUGUAAUAAUCUCAGAUCUCCCAGCUGCUUUUGCCGCCUACCUUGUGGGGAAAAAAAUAAAACGUAAAAUUGGAAGAAUGACCAAAGAAAGUGAACAUUGCCAUGCAAGUAUUGUAAAUAUCUGAUGUUUGUUUUUGUACUUUUGUUUAAAAUAAAGUGUACAUUUGGAAAAGUUA